GGAAAGGGAAGGGAAGGAGCAGCUCUUUUCUCUCUCGGUGCCAGGCACAGCAGCAGCCGGGCUGGGCCAUGGCCGAGGAGCGGGGCCGGGCACUGGGCAGCCUGACCAUCUUCAGCAAGGAGGAUUUUGAGGAUGGCUGGGUCCGGGUGGCCAGCGGGGGCUUUGGCCAGGUGUACCAGGUGAAGCACAGGAGGUGGAGGACGCUGUAUGCAGUGAAGUGCUCCCCGUACCUGCUGCAGGAUUCCAGUGUGGACAGGACCAGCAUGAACUGUCUAAUGGAGGAGGCGAGCAAGAUGGAGAAAAUCAAAUUCCAGCACAUUGUCACCAUCUACGGGGUGUGCAACAGCCCCCUGGGGAUAGUGAUGGAAUACAUGGCCAGGGGGUCCUUGGAGAAAAUCCUUCCCACUCACAGAAUGUCCUGGCAGCUGAAAUUCCGGGUGAUCCAUGAGAUGGGCUUGGCCAUGAAUUUCCUGCACAGCAUGAGCCCUCCCCUGCUGCACUUGGAUCUGAAACCAGGGAAUGUUCUGCUGGAUGGGAACAUGCACGUCAAGAUCUCCGACUUUGGGCUGUCCAGGUGGAUGGAGCAAUCCAGCAGGAUGCAGUACAUCGAGAGCUCGGCUCUGAGGGGCACCCUGAGCUACAUCCCCCCCGAGAUGUUCCUGCAGAACAGCAAACCCCCGGGCAUCAAAUAUGAUGUGUACAGCUUYGGGAUCGUCAUCUGGGAGGUCCUGAUGCAGAAGAAACCUUACGCAGGGGCCAACAUGAUGGCCAUCAUCGUGAAGGUGGCGGCGGGCAAGCGGCCGGGGCUGGAGCUGGUCAGGGAYGACUGGCCCGGGGAGUGCCACCAGAUGAUGGACCUGAUGAAGAGGUGCUGGGACCAGGACCCCAAGCARAGGCCGAGCUUUGCAGAUAUCCCUGUGGAGACAGACGUGCUGCUGGCGCUGAUCCAGAGCCUGGUGCUGGAGCCGGAGAACGAGCGCCUGGUCAGGAAGAUGUCCCACAAACCSGCCAUCUCCAGGAGCCAGCAGAGCGACAAAGAGGAGUUCACUUUCCCCCGGGACACCAGAAGUGGGGUGAAGGAUCUCAGAGCGGUUCCCAUCCCCGCUGUGCCCGGGGACACCGAGGAGCUCCAUCGCGAGGAGCUGAGCGCGGAGCACGAGGACGGGCUGAGCCUGCUGCACCUGGCCGUGCUGCAGGGCAACGUGGCCAAGGUGCGGCUGCUGCUGGGCUGCCGGGCGGCCAGCGUCAACGGGCGGGCGGGCGGCGGCGGAACCCCGCUGCUGGUGGCCGUGCAGCGCCGGCUGCCCGAGCUCUGCGCCCUCCUGAUCGCCCACGGCGCCGACGUGGACGCGGCCGACGAGGACGGCUGGAGCCCGCUGCACUUCGCUGCCCAGCACGGCGAUGACCGCACGGCGCGGCUGCUGCUGGACCACCGGGCCCGUGCGGACGCCCGCGAGCGUGACGGAUGGACCCCGCUGCACUUGGCGGCGCAGAACGACUUUGAGAACGUGGCGAGGGUGCUGCUGUCCCGCCAGGCCGACCCCAACGCGCAGGAGGCCGACGGCAAGACCGCCCUGCACGUGGCGGCCUGCUUCGGCCACGUGGGCCUGGUCAAGCUGCUGGCCAGCCAAGGGGCYGACCUGGAGAGGAAGCAGAAGAACCUGAGGACGCCGCUGCACGUGGCCGUGGAGAGGGGCAAGUUCAGGGUGGUGCAUUACCUGCUGAAGAGCGGCAUCUCGGUCAACAGCCUGGACCAGAACCAUUACAGCGCCCUGCACCUGGCCGUGGCCAGAGGAAAAUACCUCAUCUGCGAGAAACUCAUCAAGCACGGCGCCAACGUGGAGCUGAGGACCGACAAGGGCUGGACCGCCCUGCACCURGCAUCCUUCAAGGGCCACAUCGAGAUCAUCCGGCUGCUCAAAAGCAGCCACGCCCGCCUGGACGCCAAGGGCAGCAUGGACUGGACGCCGCUGCACCUGGCCACGCGCUACGGGGACGAGCCGGUGGUCAGCGAGCUGCUGCGCUGCGGGGCCGACCCCAACGCGGCCGAGAGGUCCCACUGGGCCCCCCUGCACUUUGCUGUGCUCAGGGGCUCCUUCCUCAGCGUCAUCAACCUGCUGGAGAGCCGGGCCGACGUCAACGCCAGGAACAAGGUGGGCUGGACGCCGCUGCAUUUGGCYGUCCUCAAGGGCAACAUGGCCAUCAUCAAGACCCUGAUCAAGGCCGGGGCUCAGCUGGACAUAGAGGACAUCACGGGCUGCACGGCCCUGCAGCUGGCGGUCAGGCACCAGAGGGAGAGCAUCAUCACCCUGCUGCAGGGCAAGGAGGGCAGCAAAGCUGGGAACAGGACUCUGAUCGACGCCAAAGUUCCCAGACCCAGASCCAUCCCAGGAAGGACAGAUCUGUGAAUCCGUCAGAAUUUACACCAGAGCUUUCCCACAUCGGGGUUGUGAUGUCUUAAAGCACUUUGUCCUGUCACCUGCUGAUUACAGGAAAAUAUUUCCCUUUUUUUAAAUGGAACUUUUUAAGCAUGAACGCUAAAACAGGAAAUGAAAAUGAAGUUAUUUAAUGGCAAACUCUUUUCCAAGCUUGCAGAACAUUUUGGCUUGGUGAUACCUUAGGCAGUGCUUUCCUAUCUAACCCUUCCUGUGCAGGGAUUUGUGCAGCCCCUGUUCGUGCAGGCAGUGCUGAAGCUGUGCACAGCACAUGCACGUGYCUUCCACGGGUUUUAUUGCUUUUAUUCCAUGUUUUCCUACAGAGAAAAUUGGCAUAAAGUGGCCCUGACACAGGUGGGAAUUGAAUCGUGAGAUUCUCACCUGCUGCUGGCACAGCAAUGUGUCAGAUUUYCUGACAUCUCCUUUCUGUAACAAGAAUCAAAUAAAACAAGGAAGGAAGAAAGAAAAAUCACUGGCAGAGAGUAUUGAAAUGGAUGCAGCACAGGGAAAAGGAAUUCCACAAUAAUCACACACGAGAUCUGGCUYGUUUGCAGGUCUCUGGUGGGAAAUAAUUCCUGGUUUCCUUCAGGAAGAUUUUCCAGAGCUUGAUCUCUCCUGAUGAUUAGAUGAAAAACCUCAUUUUGGUGGAUUUGAUUCCCUUGUGGCAGUUCUGUGUGCAGCUCUGCCAGCYCUGCUGUGACUCCUGAGCGUUCCCAAACAUGCCUGGUGGGAUGAUGACUUGUCAUGGCCUUCAGCUGGGAAAAGCUGAAAUAAAAACAAACAACCCCAGCUCUGCAGGGGGGAUGUUGUUGUCUGAUAACGAGACAUUAAAUGGGUUAAAAAGAUGGGUCAGAAAGCCCAAUUUCAUUUUAUAUUGACUUAAAGCUUCUAAUUCCAUUUUAUAUUAACUUAAAAUAUUKAUGUGUGUUACAUCCAARCCCAGUUUUUCACGAGGCUUUGACRCCRAAGCAAAGCUUUUCGAUAUMAUUUGAAAUUAAUUGACCUGCAAUGAUUCAUUUUUAACAUUUGCCAUAUUCAGAAUUCCUCAGGAAUUGACAGARGGAGACAGCAGGAAAAUACUGAUUUGUGAUGCAGGUUGUCAAAGGGCUGGAGGAGGAAAGGGGAUGUUCAGAGUGGAAUCAGAGGCUCCUGUAGCUGAAGUGAAGGAUUUGUGUAGUUUGUGCCCAUCAAAUAAUGAGUGAAUUCUCCAUCCUCUGCGCCAAAUUCUCCUCAGUUUAAUUCCUUCCUUUCUCUGGCUGUGUGGGCAUUAAAGUCUCAGCAUUUCCCUGAUUUACCUGCUCUUGAUAUUCCCUAUUUUUGUCCAAGGAGGAAAGGCCUGGCUGGAAGGAAUUCUGGGGAUGCUCAGAGCUUSCUGUGCAGCUCCUUCCCUCAGCUUCAGCUGUAUUGAUUCAGCAAAUGUCUCCCCUGCUCAGUGUCAUUUGAAAUAUUUACCCAGAAAAAAAAGAAAUCCAAUUGCCACAUAAUUCAGCAGCUCCUUUCUGUCCCCGCUCCAGCAGCAAAACAAAACCCAGCUCGUAUGUCAUGGAAUGCUCUCUACAAGAGCUUAAUUAAAUUUAUAAUGAAAAUAACAGGGGAUUAAGAAGACACGAGGGAAAUAUGUUGCUCUUGCAGAGCAUUCCAGAGGUGAUAGAAGCAAUUUGCAGAGAAAAUUACCUGUUUGCUGCUUCAGUUUCUAUAGAAAUUAAAUGAGUCUUUACAAACUCUGGAAAAGUGCAUUCCAGCCUCCGCUUUGUGACUGUGCAACUUGCAGCUCAUUUCUAAAAUUAUUCGUAGAUCUCCAUCCCCCCCACACUUUUUUUUCCCCCCUUUAUCAACUCCAUUUCAGUCUUUUGUCCCUGCUGAUAAAUUUGCUGCUGAUUAUCUCAUGUUCUUACCCGAGAGCUGCCAAAGUUCACAGCYAAGGCAGCUCCUGGCAGGGCAGAAAUCUCCCAAACUGCUCAUUUAGAUUUGAAAAGAUGACGAUUUUUGACCUUUAUGCUUCAAAAAUCAUGUUUUGAAGGUGUCCAAAGCUGCUUGGGUGACCGGAGGAGUGUUCCUGAUUUUGGCAGGGAAUUUUUUGGGGUGACUCUGGAGUCAUCUGUCCUGUAGAAAUUCCAACCAUCCUGAACCACAGCAAUAUUUUUAAAUCAAUAUUUGCUGCUCGUCAAAACCAUCAGAGAAAUCCCAGAAUUGUGCUGGUCCCGUGGUCAGGAUGGAGAAGUGGAGCAGGGAAUUGAAGGUCCCUUAGAGCUGAUGUGGCUGUGACCCCGAUCCCUGCRGGUUUUGUAAAUCCUGCGGUGUCCCCUGCACACACCAACCCAGCUCCCUGCACUCCCUUUCCAUCAUUCCUYCCCAAAAACAUCCGUGGGGAAAUGAAUGUGACUUUUAGGUGCGACUUUAAAGACAGAGUGUUUUCUCCACAAACAGCACACAAAUAAACUGGGAGUAAAUAAAUCACCAAAAGCAGGGAAUGUUUCAUGAGGGGUGAAAGCUGGGGCUGGCAUUGAUUUCCUGAGUGCUCUCCUAGUGCUGCAUCUGACUGCAAAAUAAAUUUUCUGGUGUAAAAUGUGUUUGAAGGGGAGAUGUUUGUCAUGAUCAAAACGUGGACAUGUCAGUGAGGAGUGCAGUUCUUCUGUGGGGGAACAUUUGCAGGAAAAUGUUUGGAAAUGAAGUCAGUUAAAUCCAUGUUUUGCAUUGCUCCUGCUUCCCAGUGACUGYGAUUUGUUUGUUUGGCAGCGCUGCAAUUAUGCAGAUGUGGGAUUAAAUUAAAAUUAAAAUAAUGCUGYGUUUUAGAGGAAAAGAUCUGAAUAAAUUCAGCUUAUAGGGGGGAAAAAAGACCCCUUAUUUUUAGCAGAAAUGCUUGUUUUUUUCCAUAGCCCCUUAGGUGUGGAAAAUCAAGAUGUUUCUGACAGCGAUGAUGUGAAUGUAGGAGGGAGCGAUUUGAAUGUAAGAAGAAAUAGUGAAUUCUGUGUUUCUCUCUGCUGCAAGGAGGUGGUGGCAGGCUCUGCACGGUGUCAGACAGCAGCAGGAGCUGUGGCUGCCUCUGCACAGCCUCCCCACCAUCCAUCCAUCCUGCCCGUGUC